UUAACUUAUUUGUUAUUUCUGUCUACAACGUUGGGAGGUUUUAUCAGUUUUACUUGCAUGUAAAUUCUUAAAACAAUGCAGACCCACUCAACUCUGAGAUUUUGAUCUGUUGCUUCAUCCAUGCCUCGGUUCCGAGGUCACAAGGCCUCCCAUUCCAGAUCUACUUCUUCUCCUUCUGGACUUGGUUAUGACGUGUUCCUCAGCUUCAGAGGUGAAGACACCCGAAAGAACUUCACUGAUCACCUCUACACGGCCCUUGUCAACGCCCACUUUCGAACUUUCCGGGAUGACCCUGAACUCGAGAGAGGGGAAAAUAUCAAGGAAAACCUUGAGAAUGCCAUUCGACAGUCGUGGAGUUCUGUGAUUGUGUUUUCGAAAGACUACACCUCUUCCAGAUGGUGUCUGGACGAGCUUGUCUUGAUCCUUGGACGCAUGAGGACCUCCAAGCAUGUCGUGUUACCGGUUUUCUACGACGUUAAUCCACAUCAACUGGGGAAGCAGGCAGAAACUCUUUCAGAGCAUCCUAAAUACCAAGAAAAGCAAUCGCCGGAGAAAUUGAGCAGGUGGAAGGAAGCACUUCGAGAAGUUACAGAUCUAGCAGGAAUGGUUUUAGAAAAUGAAGCCGACGGGCACGAGUCAAAGUUCAUCCAAAAGAUUGUUGGAGAGAUUCAAAAAAAACUAGAUCGAGUGGUUGAUUCUCUCUCUGCAACUGCAGGUCACAACUCCUCAUUGCUCUCUCCUUCUGGUGAUUUUGCCUUUGGAUUUCGCCAACUUGAAAACAGUGAGAAUUUCUUGCUUUCUAUAUGGUUUGCCAAGAUACCAGACAGAACCAUUGUUUGGUACGCAAAUGGAGAUAGGCCUGCACCUAAGGGAUCAAUUGUGAACUUGACUUCCAGCAGUGGAUUAGUGCUUAAAACUCCUCAGGGUGAACAGCUAUGGAAGUCUGAUCUAGCCAUUGCUGGUGUUGUUGCUUAUGGGGAUAUGAAUGAUAACGGUAACUUUAUUCUGGAAGAUAAGAAGUCAGAAAAGUUAUGGGAGACAUUCAAGAAUCCUACUGAUACCAUGUUGCCUGGGCAGAUAAUAGAAAGAGGAGGGAGACUUUCUUCUCGACAAUCAGAGACUAACUAUGCAAGAGGACGCUUCCUGAUAGAUUUUCAAGAAGAUGGGAAUCUUGUGUUUAGUGCCAAAAAACCUUUUCAUUCUACUAAAACUACAACGGGGACUGUUCCAGGUAGUGAAGGUAAACAGUUGGUUUUCGAUGACUCUGGCAAGUUCUAUAUUCUGCGAGUGAACGGUGGAGAAUUCACUUUCACAGCAGAGAAACGCCCAGCAAUGGACUACUAUCUCCGGUCAACUGUCAACUUUGAUGGGGUUUUGGUUCAAUAUUUUCUCCCAAAGUCUUCUGUUGACACUGUAAGCUGGAAACCACUUUGGUCAGAACCAGAUAACACUAGCAAAGAGAACCCGCGCGAUGCCGCGGGUAGUUUUCUUUCUAUUUUAAUCUUUUUAUGUUCGGUUUUAAGUUUUUGGUUUAGAAAAACAACCAAAAUGUGUUUAGAUGAAAUAAAAAAUAUGUGCUAAACGAAUUUUUCAGAAUUUAGUUUACAUUGUAUGAAUCUAGUUGAAACAUGUACAAAGCGUUAUAUUAUCAGAAUAACAUAAUGCAAAAAGAUAAGAGUAA